GUUAGGCCUGCUCUAGGACUAUUAGUGUACACACUAAGCGUUGCUCUGGAAAUUUUGUAUAAAUAACAUUUGCUUACCCUGACAAAAUACUGUUUAUUACGUCGAACAAGCGAUCUUUUAAAAAUCGGAAGUACCACCAAGAACAAUAUCAAUAUAAAUUAUUGCUUUAAAUGUACUACAUUGAAAAAUAAAUAAAAUACGUAUCGGUUAAAUAAAAAAUUAAUUUGCCUGUAUGUUCGAUCCUUUUGGAAAAUCAUACUGACAAAAGAACUGAAAAUGUAAUUUUUUAAAAUGUUAUGGAAAAUUGAUGUUCAAAAGUUAUUCAAAAAACAAUAAUAAAUAUGCAGCGAAAAGAAUUUUAUUGUGCGGACUAUCUACAAAUGAUUUAUGGGCUGUGCAUUAUUACCUUACUCAGUUCGCAACAUCAUUCCGUAAACUGCGCCAAGGAAAUGCCGGCUCAGAUGUCUUCUCCGUCAAAUGACAUCGUUGCCCAGUUUAACCUGCCUUCGAUAACGGCCCCAUUAACAGCACCCAGCUAUGGAAAUCGCUCAAAAGGAAAUAAUAUUGAAAUUGGUGGAGACUCUCAAUCUAAGAACUAUUUUACGCAUAUGAGCUUUGAUUUUAUGCACAAUGUCUUAUUUGCGGGUGCAACAAAUAAAAUACUUAAACUGAACGAAAACCUUCGUGUGCUGUCUGAGGCCGUAACUGGACCCGUAAAUGAUUCACCGCAAUGCCAUGCCGGAGGCUGCCCGGAGGACAUAGAGACAUCGCUGGUCAACAAUUAUAAUAAAAUUCUCGUAGUAAGCUACGCUCAGGACGGCAUUCUUAUAUCGUGUGGUAGCAUUCGACAAGGAGCCUGUGAAAUUUAUAGCCUGCCACGCUUUCCAUCAACUCCUCAGUUUUUCGCAGUUCCAUUGGCUGCUAAUGAUGAAAAUGCAUCCACAUAUGCGUUUGUAGGUCCUGCUAGAUAUUCAUGGAAAGAAGAGGAUAUUUUAUAUGUGGGAACCACAUUUACUAACGUUGGUGACUAUCGCCAUGAUGUGCCAGCUAUUUCUUCCCGUCGGCUAGAUGAUUUAAACUACGCAGAGUUCUCAAUACAGCAGUCUAUUAUAAAUAUCGAUGUCAAAUAUCGGGAUCAUUUUUUGGUUGAUUAUGUUUAUGGCUUUAAUUCUUCUGAAUAUGCAUACUUCAUUAUAGUUCAAAAAAAAUCGCAUUUAGCUGAUGAAGCGGGUUAUGUAACCCGUUUGGCACGUAUAUGUAUCACAGAUCCCAAUUAUGACAGUUAUACUGAAAUAACAGUUCAAUGUACGGCAACUGAAAACCAUGUUGACUACAAUAUACUACGCGAUGCUAAAGUAACGCCGGCAAGCCAAAAAUUAGCUCAGAAAAUGGGCAUAAAAAAAGAUGAUCAUGUGUUAGUAACUGUUUUUUCGCCUUCGAAAGAGAUAAGCGAUCAACCAGAAAGCAAAUCGGCUAUGUGCAUUUAUAGCAUAAAAGAUAUUGAAGACAUGUUUAUUGAAAAUAUUCAUCUGUGCUUUAAUGGAACCAUAAAGGAUCGAAAUUUGGGUUACAUUUCCGGCACUAUUAAUGAUGGCCGAUGCCCUAUAGUUGGCUCGCUCGGUAACAUUUACAACUUCUGUUCUGUAGGACUUAAGAUAAGCGGAGUAUCUCCCAUAACUUCACAUGCUCUCUUUCAUUUUGAUAAUGUCUCCGUUACGUCAGUGACUGCAACUUCAACAACUGAUCAACAGCAUUCUCUUGCUUUUCUUGGAACAGACAUGGGAAUAAUCAAAAAAGUACUAUUAUCUGGUCAAAGCCCAGGAGAGUACGAAGAAAUAGUUGUGGAUGCUGGAAAUCGUAUUCUACCGAAUACUAUGAUGUCGCCCAAAAAAGAUUUCCUUUACGUUCUAUCUCAACGUAAAAUAACUAAGCUGAGAAUUGAGCACUGCUCUGUGUACACAAAUUGUUCAGCUUGCUUGGAGUCUCGAGAUCCCUUUUGUGGAUGGUGUUCUUUGGAAAAACGGUGCACAGUUCGGUCAACUUGUCAGCGAGAUACAUCAGCAUCACGAUGGCUUUCACUGGGCAGUGGUCAGCAGUGCAUUGAGUUCGAAUCAAUUAUCCCAGAGAAAAUACCAAUUACUGAGCUAGCUCAACUGCAUUUAAUAAUUCGAACAUUGCCGGAACCCUUUAAUGCAAAGUACCGAUGUGUCUUCGGAAACUCUACUCCCAUUGAUGCUGAGAUUCUGGACAAUGGACUUGGUUGUGCCACGCCCCCUCUAGAUGAAAGACCAGUAAUACCAACUAAUACUGAUCAUGUUUUGGUGCCCUUGUCAGUACGAAGCUCAGAGACAAAUAAGGACUUUGUAUCAAGAUAUUUUGCAUUUUUUGACUGUUCGCAUCAUGGCAAUUGUCAGGAAUGUCUGCACAGUUCAUGGGGCUGCAACUGGUGCAUUUUUGACAAUAAGUGUGUCCACAAAUCAUUGCAAUGUCGUAAUGUAGAAACUGCUGUAAGUACGGUUGGUCAAUGCCCACAUUUGAAAAAAAAUCGACCGGCGAUUCUUUUACCGGUGCGGGUGCCGAAAGAAAUUCGGCUUGAGAUUGAAAACUUACCAAAACCCAAAAGCGCUCACGCCGGUUUUUUAUGUACAAUACAUAUUGAAGCCGCUCAGAUGUUAUUGCCUGCGCACAUUGAGUCGAACAAGAUAGUUGUGUGUGAAAAAACACCGUAUUUCUACGAAACUAAUACACAUGAAUAUAAGGCAAAAGUUGUAGUUACAUGGAAUUUCCAGCACUAUGUCGACACUGCAGUUGUUACAUUAUACAAGUGCGACGUACUGGGCUCACAUAGGGAUCAUGCUGAUUGCAGUUUGUGUGUCACUCGUGAUCCAAAAUAUCAAUGUGCCUGGUGCAGGAACUCAUGCGUAUAUAAUGAGACUUGCCUAGCAGACAAUGAUCGUUCUAUCAGCGCAGGAUCUAAAACAGCUAUAGAAAACGAGUGCCCUCUACCAAGGAUCGAUAUUAUUAAACCGUUAUCUGGACCUAUUGAGGGUGGUACUCUUAUUACAAUCGAAGGCAGUAAUUUGGGUAUUCGCGAAGAAGAUGUGCGUGGGAAAAUAUUUAUCGGAUCUGUGCCUUGUGAACUAGUGAACUACCAAAUAUCCGUAAAGAUUGAAUGCCGCACUGGAGCUGUGAUGUAUGAAAUGUCAGCACCGAUAAAAGUGGCAAAUGAUGCAGGGUAUACUGAAUCUAGUGUACAGUUUCAUUUUAAAAAUGUGUUGUUAACAGGAUUAUAUCCCACUAUCGGACCCAGGUCGGGGGGCACACAGUUGUCCUUAAUAGGAAAGUUUUUGAACAUUGGAUCAAGUAUGCGUGCAUUUUUAGAUGAGUAUGAGUGUCACAUAAAUGUUACACAAGCUUCGUCAUCCCAAGUUAGUUGUACUACAUCAGAGGCGACCCAGCCAGAACCAAUUCGGUCCCUCCACCUGGUUAUUGAUGGUGCCAACCGAACAUUAGAAUGCCUAAUAUCAGCAACAAGCACGGCCAGUAAAAAUCCGACCCGAAAUAAUUUUUCUUCUUAUCAAUUCCGUACUCCACCACGGCAGCCCUGUUCCAUUUUUAACUAUACCCAGGACCCGCGAAUAAUGCAAAUCAAGCCUCUACGCAGUUUUGUAAGUGGUGGUCGCGUCCUGACUGUUCAUGGAAUAUAUCUUGAUUCAAUUCAAAAACCUGAGCUUGAGGUUUUUUUUGACAACGAAAGAGUAAACAAAACGUCUUGCAUUGUAAUUAAUUCAAAUCAAAUGGAAUGCCCAUCUCCUCCAGUAAAUCAUAAAUUUCAGACUUUUAAAAAUACCAACAGAAUACUGAAUUCGGAAUUUGGCUUUAAAAAUUCUUCUCAAAUAACUGAAAGUGGGCUUCAAAAUGAAUUGGUUAGGGAGAAACGAAGGGCAAACUUAGUGGACAACUUUCAUAUAUACACUACAGGAGGAACUGCGUCUAGCUAUUUCGUCAAUAAUAAUAUGGAUGUCACAACUUUUGUAAAGGUCCAUGAAACUCAACUAAAUUUACAACUUAGUUUUGUAAUGGAUAAUGUACCGCUUGUUCGAGACUUGAAUAAAUAUUUUCAUGAUAUAAGGAGCACUAUUGUUUAUUUAGCCGAUCCCAAAUAUUUGCCAUUUCCAAACGACGGCAUUAAACUCUAUAAGGGUGAUAGCUUGGUAAUCGAAGGCGAGCUUCUAAAUUUGGCAGCUGAUGAAUACGACGUUAAUGUAACCAUUGGUACUACUCAAUGCAAUAUUACCAGCCUCGCACUAACUCAACUUUUGUGCAUUCCCCCGGAGCAACAACCACUGCCAACUGACGAAAAUGGUGUUGAUCAAUCGACGGAUUUACCGCUAGUUGUGGUUAAAGUAGGAAGAAAUCUACGGUUCGUUAUAGGAUAUCUGAAAUAUGACUUGAAUAAACCCUAUGUUUUUUCUCAUGCCUUGUUUGUCGUUAUGUUAACAGUGGCAGUAGUUGUCAUUGUUUUGGUUAUUGUACUAAUAAUAUUCAGGAGGAGAUCAACACAGGCAGAACGAGAGUACAAACGCAUUCAGAUUCAAAUGAUUACCUUGGAAAGCAACGUACGUUCCGAGUGUAAACAAGCAUUUGCUGAGCUUCAAACAGACAUGACCGAUCUAACAGCGGACUUGGAGAGCACCGGUAUACCUACGUUAGAUCAUGUUAACUAUAUUAUGAAGGUGUUCUUUCCUGGAGUAUCAGAUCAUCCUAUUCUAAAUUCCCCGAAAUAUCGUGGAAGUAACCAACACACUAACUAUGAUGCAGCCAUGAUGCAAUUUGAGCAACUGAUUGGUAACAAAUAUUUUUUGCUAAUGUUCAUAGAAACUUUAGAGGCUCAACGAUCGUCUUUCUCAAUUCGCGAUCGUGUUAACGUCGCCUCAUUGCUUAUGAUUGUGCUAAUGAACAAAAUGGAAUAUGCAACGGAAAUUUUGAAGUCUCUUUUAUUACGAUUAAUUGAUAAAUCGCUUGCUAGCAAGCAUCCUCAGCUAAUGCUACGACGCACUGAAAGCGUAGUUGAAAAAAUGUUAACCAACUACUUAGCAAUUUGUAUGUACGAUUACCUAAAAGAAUACGCUGGAUCGAAUUUAUUUUUGCUAUUUAAGGCAAUUAAACAUCAAAUUGAAAAGGGUUUGGUAGAUGCAAUAACCAACGAUGCUCGUUACUCACUUUCGGAAGAACGUCUUUUGCACGAACAAGUUACACAUUCUGUUGUAAUAUUGCACAUUUUACAAGACGAUCUUGAUGAAAAAGUCCAAUGUCGCGUAAACGAUUGGGAUACUAUUUCCCAAGUCAAGUUGAAAAUCCUCGACGCAAUUUUUAAAAAUACCCCGUUUUCAAUGAGACCAUCUGUACACGAAGUUGACCUGGAAUGGAGGCAUGGACGAGGAGGACAUCUCACAUUACAGGAUGAAGACCUAACCACAAAAACAAUUAACGGAUGGAAACGCCUUAACACAUUGGCUCAUUAUGGAGUAAAAGAAUCAGCUGUAAUGUCACUAAUAGCUAGGCAAAAUGAUAACUACCAUAUACCCUAUGGGAAAACCCAAAAUCCGGCACCUUACCACAAUUUUUAUUUUAUAAAUAAUUCGCAAAGCCAUAUUAUAAUUAAUAAUGACAUCGAGUCAGGACUGCAGCAGCCUCGACUUUACCAUCUUAUCAAGCCCAUUAUACCUGAUCAUUAUAUGAACAUUAAAAACUCCGUCUUAUCUGGAGCGUCACCAGCAAUGCCAUCAUCGCAUUUGGUAAACAGUUGUAACGAGAGGGUCAACAAAACGAUACCAGAAGUCUAUUUAACACGUCUUUUGGCCACUAAAGGAACUAUACAAAAAUUUGUGGACGAUUUCUUCUCAAUUAUUUUAACUGUUAAUGAGGAGUUACCACCUGCAGUGAAAUGGCUUUUUGAUUUACUAGAUGAAGCUGCGCGACGUCAUGAUAUUGCUGAUACUGAUAUUGUACACGCUUGGAAAUCAAAUUGUUUGCCCCUUCGAUUUUGGGUUAAUUUUAUAAAAAAUCCAGAUUUUAUAUUUGACGUCAACAAAACUUUUUGUGUGGAUUCCUGUUUAAGUGUCAUCGCGCAAACUUUUAUGGAUGCUUGUUCAACAUCGGAACACAGGCUUGGAAAAGAUUCUCCAUCAAAUAAGUUGCUUUUUGCGAAAGAUAUCCCCAACUAUAGAAUAAUGGUUAAGGAAUUUUACCGCGAUGUGUCAAGGCUUCCACAAAUAAGCGACCAGGAAAUGAGUACAGCUAUGCAACAACUAUCUGUAAGGCAGAAUGAUGAAUUUGACACGAUUUCUGCAUUAAAAGAGUUAUAUAUUUAUAUAACGAAAUAUAAGGAACAGAUUAUGGAAGCACUUGAGAACGAUAUAAAUUGCAGGAAGAUGCAACUUUCCCGAAAAUUGGAAAAUGUUGCUAAUACGCUCGAUGGUGACGGAUCAUCUAAUUGCUGACAUACACAUGAUAUUUUAGGAAUUGUUUGGUAUAUAAAAUACAUUAACUUUCCAUUUUGUUUUUUAGCGAGAACAAUAUUAACUAAUUGCCACUCAGCAAAAAGUUUUAAUUUCUUUAGUUAAAGAAGAAAAAAAAGGUCAUGCACAAGAAGCAGGCUUUGUAAUAUAAGAACAAUACCCUACCGCUAUUAUUACGAAGAAGAGAUACACAACAUUUUUGUCGAAAUAUUAAAUAUUUUUAUUUUAGUAUUUACGCAAAGGCUCGCACUGAUUGUUUUUACGGAAUUUUUAAUAUAGUAUGGCAGCACCAUAUUUAAAAGCCUUAUAUCCGAAAGUCGUGAUAAUAUACUGCCAUACUUUAGUAAGUGAAUAAUUAAUGUUAGUAAUAGUCUUAAAAACGCAAACUUAGCUAUUAAUUAUACCAGCUACAAAAUAAAAUAGACCUCAUCGAAAACGACUUUGGUUUUUCGAUAAAGUACAACUACCUGAUUAAGAUAAGGGCACUUAAAAUGUUUAGUAUGGUGUCAAAUUUGUAUUUAAAUGUCAAUGUUCUUGUUAUAGAAUGUCCUUUAACUUCCUUAUGCACAUAAUUAAGUUCCAGUCAUUAGUUUAGAAGUUACGCCUCGUCAAAGUUUUAUAAAGUUACAAUCUUUUUUCUAUUAUUUUUUCGAAUAUUCCUAUGAGACCCGCUCGUUCCGACA